AUGGAAGUCAACAAGAAAGUGGGGGACCCUGAUCCAUCAGGCCCCCAGGGCCACCCCUUGGCUGGUAGCCAGCAGCUGGGGGGUGGCCUUAGAGGGUCCCAGGGACCCUGGAUAAACUCAGGAUCUGUAUACUUGAGGCAGGGCUUGUCACUGUCCACCAAGGCCAUCACUGAUGGGGCCUAUGGCCCAGCCUCCCAGACCCACACCCUCAAGCCCACUCACCAGCAACUCCAGGACCCUGCUCAGGUUAGCUCCCAAUGUGGCUGUGAGCAGGCCUCCCAGGAUGCCCUGACCCUCUCCUCCACUAGCCCGUUUCCAAGCCCCGUCGUGGGAGCCCAAACACAUCUCAACAUGGAGAACAGGACCCUGGCCUUACCUGUGUGCACGCGCAGUGACGGUACCAGUGACAUGGCCCAGCACGGACUCUGCUGCUCCCGGCUUCAGGUGCAGAUUUCGGGGGAGGGCAAGGCUCCAGCUAAAGUUCUAGUAGGCUGGGGCAGAGGCCCCUGCAGCCCUGAUCAGAUAGCCCCAAUGGGCAUUAGAAAGAGCCGGUGGCUACCCUGUUUUCUUCCAGGGGAGGAUGGCUCAGCUGCAGCCCAAGUUCCUCUUCUGGCCCCAGUGCAAGAUCAGGACCAGGACAAGUGUCCAUGUCCAACUCAGGCUCCUCCAGCUUCAACUCAGGCAAAUAUUCCAGCUCUGGAUACAACCCCAAUAUCAGUAGCAGUUGAAACUUACACCUGCAACCUCGACCCCCUGACUAAUACUAAUGCCAUCACCAAGGGCCUGUCCCAAGACCUCUUUCCCAGGAAUCAUGGCAAUCAAUGGUCAAUCUACUCGGAGUCUUCCAAAGGGGUCACAUCCUGCCAGGACAAAGUGAAUUUCCAUUCUCAGGAUGAGCCUCCCACCCCAGCACCCACUCCAAAUCAGUCCCCAGACCAGGCCCAGGAGCUCGAGGUUGCCAGAAGGCUUGUGUUACCCAAGAAGCCUGAAAACCAACUGGAGAAGCCCCUGGUCUGUACCUCCAGGCCAAGCAGCCCAAAACCAGGCUCAGGGCCCCCAGGGACCCCCAAGUCCCAGAGGGGUAGCCAGGAGAUCUGCAGCUCUCAGCCAGAUCAGCAGCCCUUCAAUGUUUGCGACAACACCUGCUCCAAUGUGCCCCUGUCUGCCCACCAAGUAAACUACCACAAGCAGUCCCCGGCAGAGACUCCCAGGGAAGCCAUGCAGAUACCCCUCUCCAGUGCCCCUACCUGUCAGCUCCAGGAUGCUGUAGAAGACCGUGUGCUGGUGUUUGAUAUGGCCACAGGCAAUACCAGGAUGGGGCUACUGUGCCACGACCCCAUGGGCUCACGCGCAGUGCUGGUGGGCCUCAUGCCCAGCCACUCAUCCAUCCGUGCCUCUGAAAAUACGCUGUCUACCCGGCCAUUAGCCAUGCCCAUUCUCUCCCCUGACAGCAAUCGCUCCAGCCUCUGGUCUACCACGCCCAUGGUGUCCAGCCCUGUGCCCUCUAGCCUUUCAUCUGGAAGCUACCGAGAGGUGGCCCUGGUUCCCAAGGAGGCCAGGGUCAACCUGGAGUCAGUGGACUCCCCUGGUACUGAGACACCCAUCAGGAUGGGGAUGCUCACUGGGCCCAUUCCACUGGGGAUGCCCCUCCAAUUUGGAGAGAGGACACUUAGCCAUGCCCAUGGUCCUGGCUGGUCCAAACCUGAUGCUGAAAAAAAUGAAGCUAGUCGCACCAUCUGGAUGCUGGAUGCCUCCAGGAUGCAGAAUACCUCUAUGGUCCAGGCCAAGAAAUUGCAGUGGAUGAACUCAGAGCAGAGCCCAGAGCAUGUACCACCAGCCAAAACCCAGGAUGUGCCCAGACCCCAGCUCCAGAAGGAUGUAGGCAGCAACGGUCAGAAAGAGGUCAUUACUCCUCAUCCUGACCACCCUCAGGUCCAAGAUGCUGGGCAGGGUCCCCUCGGUGGUCAGCCCCCACUAGCCGAGAAGUGUACCCUCGCCAGACAGCCCCCUUCAACCAGUCAGCCUCCUUCUGCAGAGCACUGUCCCCACACCAGGCAGACCUACCUUUCGGGACAGCCACCCGUAGCUGAGCAGGCCCCCUCCACCAAGCAGACUUGCCUUCUUGGUCAGCCCCCUCUUCCUGGGACACCUAAUGGCAGGCAGCUUUCUCUCACUUUGCAGCCUCCCUUUUCCCAAGUGCCUCCCAUCUCCACUGUGCCUACCCUCUCACGAGGGCCCCCUGCCACUAGGGAACCUGGUCAGGCCUCCACCUUGUGCCAGGAACAUGAGCCCUUGGGCCAACGUACCCACGUGGGGGUGGUUCGGGUGCCCCUGCCCCCCGAGGAGACCUGUGUCUCUGUGAACAGAGAAAAAGUUGGUGCCAGUGCUACUCAAAGCUCCAGCACACAUCAGCUCUCAUCCUGGCAACCUGGCUGCUCUCCCAGGGCCCAAGAGGCGCAGCUGUCCCUGAUCCCAUUCACCACAUCUGGCACUGGUUGCAAGGUCUUGCCCAUGGCCAUGGUGGGCCCUGAGCUCCAAGGUCCCCGGUUCAAGCUGACAGCUGAGGACAUUACACACUCACCAGUGGUCGCACACCUUGGUCUGCUCCGAGGGGCCUGCUAUGAGCUGGUGCCCACCAUGAACACCCUGCCAGUGCAGUCCCCAGUGCUCUGCCGCCACACUCUGGGCCCCUACCAGGACAUGGCAGCUGUGGUGAUCGACACAGGCACAGGCUUCACCAAGUGUGGACUGGCUGGAGAAGACCAUGUCCUGAGUGUAGUGCCCUCACGCGUACAGCUGCUCCAGCACCCGGUUCAGGGCCAGCCCAGGUAUGCAGUGCCUGAGAAACGAGAGGGCUCUUACUCAGUGCUGAAUCGAGGAGUGGUCUCCGACUGGGAUGCGCUGGAGGUGCUGUGGCAGCACCUGUUCUACUGCAGGCUGGGUGUGCGGCCCGAGGAGCUGGCGGUGCUGGUAGCUGACUCACCCAUCUCACCGCGCACCAACCGAGAAAAGGUAGCUGAAAUACUCUUUGAGCGUUUCCAUGUGCCAGCUAUGCAGACGGUGCAUCAGGCCCUGCUGGCGCUCUAUGCUUAUGGGCGCACCACUGGGCUGGUGCUGGGCAGUGGCCAUGGCACUUCCUAUGUGGCGCCCAUCAUCACCGGGGAUCUGGCCCCACUGGACACCUACCGGCUGGAUGUGGCUGGUGCUGACCUCACUGAAUACCUGGCUCAGCUGUUGUUGGCAAGUGGCCACUCACCGCCCAAGGCAGAGCUGGUCAACCAGAUUAAAGAGGCUUGCUGCUAUGUGGCCAUGGACAUGACAGCCGAGAUGGCCCGUGCCCAGGCCCAGGCCCGGGUGGACUUUGUGCUUCCAGACAAGCAGGUCAUCACGCUGGGCUCUGAGCGCUUCUGCUGCCCCGAGGCCCUCUUCCAGCCCAAUCUGCUAGGCUUCAAUCAGCCAGGCCUCCCACAACUAGCCCUCCUAAGUAUCAGCCGUCUGGAGGCCAAGCAGCAGGAGCAGCUGCUGGCUAAUGUGGUGCUGGAUGGUGGUAGCACCCUGUUGAAUGGCUUUCCUGAACGCCUGAGACAGGAACUGGGCCCUUGUGCCACUGUACUGGGCUCUCCGCACCGUGCUGUUGCUGCUUGGCUCGGAGGCUCCAUCAUGGUGUCCCGAGACUCCUUCCAGAGCCUGUGGCUCAGCCGCCAUGAGUACGAGGAGGAGGGCCCUUGGGCCAUCUACAAGUACCAUCUGUGA